AUGUCACAAACUAUAGAAUCCAUAUCAUUAGAAUUUAAUAAAUAUCAAACAGAUUUACAAGACUUAAUAACAUCCAGACAAAAAUUAGAAACUCAAUAUCAAGAAAAUCAAAUUGUCCUUAAUGAAUUUAAAAAUUUAGAAUCAAAUGCAAAAAUUUAUAAAUUAACUGGUCCUGUCUUGUUACCACAAGAUUCUAAUGAAGCUAAUUUAAAUGUUGAAAAAAGAUUAGAAUUUAUCAAGAGUGAGAUUGAAAGAGUUGAAAAAAAUGUUGUUGAUGUUCAAGGGAAGUUGGAAGGUAGUAGAAAUAAAUUGAUUGAGAUUAGAACUGCAAUGGCUGCACAACAACAACAACAAUGA